GGUAAUAAUUUUAAAUUGAAAUUAGUUAUAAGAUUCAAAUUUCAUAUUAAAAACUUAGUAAUAAUUAUUACUACUUAGGUGCUAAGUUUAAACAUUCAGCAUAAUCAAAUAUUUUGCAGAGUAAAGUAUGCCUGCUAAAGCGUAUUCUCUUCUUUGUAAAAAGGAGAAUGCACAUGAAGAUCCAAUUUACUGUUGUGCUUGGACGAAAAUUGUACCAACUGGUGACACUAAUGAAAAAGCAAAAGAUUAUAUAGUAACAGCUGGACUAGAUGGCAUUGCAAAAGUGUGGGAAAUAAAGAAUAAUAAGCUGGAAUUAUUGCAUGUACUGAAAGGACAUAGUAUGGCUAUUGUGUCAGUUGCCAUAAGCCCAGAUGGAUAUACAUUGGCAACAACAUCUUUAGACUCGAUUCUAAUAAUUUGGGAGUUAUCAACUGGAAACAAAGUUCAUGAGAUUGAAACAGGUUCAAUUGACACAUGGAAGGUGGCAUUUUCACCUGAUGGCACUAAGAUAGUGUCUGGUACUCAUACUGGAAAACUUAUUAUCUAUGAUGUGGUGAAGAAAAAUGCCUUAAAAGUUCUUGAUACUAGAGCAAAAUUUGCUUUAUGUGUGUCUUGGAGUAAAGAUAGCAAGUUUAUAGCUAGCGGUACUGUUAAUGGAAAUAUUUGUAUCUUUGAUGAAACUCAGGGUAAAUUAAUUCACACAGUAGAAGCACAUACAAAAGAUGUCAGAUGUAUUGAAUUUUCACCAAACAGUAAACUAGUUAUCACUGCAUCUAAUGAUGGAUUUGUCAAGUUGUUUAAUGUCGCAAGUGGUGAUCUUCAAGCCAGUUUAGAGCUCAAGACCUGGGUUUUACAUGUAGGCUUUUCACCUGACGGCGCUUGCAUAGCGGCAGGAACUGGUGAUGGGGAGGUGGUCAUUGCGUCGACUUCCGGCCUUAAGAUCUUAAAAACUUUUCAAGAUCAUAGUAAUAUAGUGUGGGGCGUACAAUUUAAUGCGUCGAGCGAAAAUGUGGUUUCAGUAUCAAAGGACAAAUCUAUCAAUGUUUACGAGUGCCCGAAAUUACAGACUAAUAAGAAAUGAAUUAUUUACUUAAGAAUAAAUAUUAUUUGAACCAAAUCAUUAUCUCAUCUCAGUAUUUUUUUAUUUUACUUCGUGAAUUCGAUUUAUUUACAUCCAUGGCUUUCUUCUUCCCUUUUGUCCUUCCCAUAUACAGUGGUACCUCGACGUACGAGUUUAAUUCGUUCCGCAACCUUGCUCGUAUCUUGAAUUACUCGUAUCUCGAAGCAAAUUUCCCCAUACAAAACAAUUGAACUAACAUUAAUCCGUUCCAACC